AUGGCAUCGAAGCCCGAAGACGCGAGCACAGCACCCACGGAAGGCGCCGGUCUCUUUAGUGGAGCAGGCCUAGAGAAGCAGCCCGAGCCUAAUCUUGUGGCCGGGUCCACCGACAAGAAUGACGGAGAUACCGUCGACAACGCCACGGCUGCAGUAGCCGCUCUCUCAGUCGACGAGAAGAAGAAGGAAGAAGAAGAAGAAGAAGAAGAAGAAGAAGAUCAGAAGGCAGAUGUCACCACUCAAGCGGAUCCCGCGGCGUCUGAAACCGCACCCGACGACGCCAAACCUGUUGAACAGAAAGAACCUGAAGCCAGCACCGUAGCGCCCACCCAGGGUCCCUUCUGGCCAGAGACUGCGCCCGAUCACCCACUUACCAAGUUCUACGACGCUUUCGAGGCCCUCGUUACCGAAGCCCAACACAACGAAGUCUAUGGCAUAGAGCUCAGCAAAUCAAAGUCCUUCCAUACCAAGCUUAUACUACAAAAGUUCCUCCGAGCCAACCAAAAUGACUUGGAGAAAGCAAAGUCACAGCUGCUUGAUACGCUCAAGUGGAGGAAGGAAUUUGAUCCGAUCAAGGCGGCAGGAGAGACGUUCGAGAAGGCCAAGUUCGAUGGGCUAGGAUACGUGUUGGAAGUCGAGGGCGUACCGGAGAGUCCUAACAAGAAGGACAUUGUGACUUUUAACAUUUAUGGAGCUGUAAAGGACAACAAGGCUACGUUUGGUAAUCUGGACGGCUUCCUCCGCUGGCGCGUAGGCCUCAUGGAAAAGUCCAUCCAAGCACUCAACCUCUCCGCCGCUACGACACCCAUCCCGAACUUUGGAGAAGGUCCGGAUCCAUACCAGGGAUUUCAAAUCCACGACUACCUCGAAGUCUCGUUCCUUCGCCGCGAUCCACUCGUCAAGACUGCGACCAACAAGACUAUUGAGAUACUAGGACGUCACUACCCCGAAACCCUGAGCAGGAAGUUCUUUGUCAAUGUACCUGUGGUUAUGGGUUGGUUAUUCAACGCGAUGAAGUUGGUUGUGGCCAAGGAGACGAGCAAGAAGUUUGUUGUGCUGAGUUAUGGAAAUCAGCUUGCUACCGAGCUAGGCAAGGGUGUACCGAAGAGUUAUGGUGGUGAGAGGGCAGAAUUGGCCGAAUGCGCUGAGGGUAUGAAGAUGGCUUGA